GUAUAAAAUAUUUAUAUAUAUAUUUAAAGAUAUGAAUAUAUUUAUUGCUGUCUAUAUGUAAUUUCUGGACUACUCAACAUAUGCCAUAUGGCUCGAUUCAAGCGGUUUCGAUAUAAUUCGGUCUCAUGAAAAUUAAACCCCAACCAUGUUACAAAUUGCGAUAUUGAUCGCUUAUGUAGGCCAAUACACCUUCCACCAAAACCUUGAGAAUAUUUUCCUUUUCAAGGUCUGAUCUGUCUUUAAGAUUGUUUUGAUAUACAUAUAUAUAUAUAAAUACAUAAAAGCACUAAAGUUCCAACAACACCCGAUACCUUAAUUAAAGUGUCGGAUCCAAAACAUGAAUACAAGGUCAAAUACAAAAAAAUAUACAAAGCACUAAAAUGACAAACGACACGAAUAACCAGAUUGUCAAAUUUUCGGGACGACCCGUCCCUUCUUCUGGACAAACGAAAAGAAUUACAUAAUGUGGCCAAUAUCAACAGAGAAUAAUAACAAAAACUACAUAUAAAUACAUCUAGGCUAGCACUACAACUACACUAGUCUACAAAUUAACGUAUUUACAACGCAGUGGAAUCUCCUCUAAAAAUGAAGAAAAAAAUCACCGAAAGAUGUCCAUCUUGGGGUGAAAAAAAAAUCUUAUUUUUCUACGUUGGCCUUCGUAAUUUCUUGAUCUAUAGCUUUGAAAAUCUUGGUCAAAUCCGUCCAUACACGUUGUUAGACUUUUAUUAAAUUUUCCAACCAUGAUGUUUCUGAUGAUACGCUUUUCAGAGGAUGUAAAUGGCUAAUGCACGCUAAAAUAGCAGUGAACAACACAAAAUUUUCGCCUGAAAUAUAGCAAUUUGUCCGGUUCCGAGUUUGUAGAUGACGAAUAGAGUCGUUACCGUUAAAGGAAAAAAACAGGUGCGCUGCAUUCCAAUGGCGUCGGUUUUUUGUGUGUACUUGACCAUUUUCAGCUGUUAAACUAAUAGAAUAUUAGCAUGAAACGUUCACAGGAGCGUGAUUUGUCACCAAGAGCAUUGAAGAGAUCUCGAUAUCCAGGUCCUGAUUAUGAAAUUAUGAGAGAGAAAUCGCCCUUGCCAGAGUAUGAUCGGCGGGAUCUUCGCCUCAGUCCUCCAAGAAACCGUGAAAUGAAAAUGAAGUAUUAUCACGAUGAAGUAAGGACAAGAUAUCGCGAAGAUGAUUAUCCAAUAAGUAGGACAGAAGUGAAAACUCCUGAAUAUAGAUCCCUUUGCUUAAGUAAUAUUUCAAGUAAAAUUCCAGACCAUGUAUUAAAGGACGCGUUGUACAGAGAAUUUAAAAAAUACGGUGAAUUCAAUGUAAACAUCACCUACAGUGGUGAGAUGCGAGUAGCAUAUGUAAAUUUUCGAUAUCCAGAGGAUGCAAGGGAAGCAAAGCAUGCAAAGCAAAACAAACUAGUACUGUUUGAAAGGUUAGUAGUAAUUGAUUCGGUGUAUCCUAAAAAGCAUCAUACGACACCAGGGACAAUUGCUACCUCAAAUUACAGUCGUUCAGGUGAACUAUAUACUUACCCAAGUGGUAGCAGAAGGAGCUCACCCCCAUUCCAGCCAAGAAGAAACUACCAUCCAAUGCGGUCUCCAGAAAUAGAUUUACCGCCCCGGAAAGAAUUCAAUUCAAAUUACGGUUCGGCUGGGAAUAUGAGAAGAGCUCCAAAUGAAAAGUUCCCAUACCACUUGGAUCACAUACCACCAGAAGAAGACGAAAAAUCAACUCGUACACUCUUUGUUGGAAAUCUUGAUUACAACAUAACUGAUGAAGAAUUGAAAGAUGUGUUUGAAAAAUACGGAUUUCUUGAAGAAAUUGAUAUCAAGAGACCCCAGCGGGGUCAGGGAAAUGCAUAUGCAUUCAUUAAAUUCAUGAACCUUGACUAUGCACACAGAGCAAAAGUAGAAAUGUCAGGACAAUAUAUUGGUAGAUUUCAGUGCAAAAUUGGGUAUGGAAAAGUGACUCCUAGUACCUGUGUUUGGGUUGGUGGCUUGGGGCCAUGGGUCACUCAUCAAAUGCUAGAACGUGAAUUUGAUAGGUUUGGUAUUAUUGAACGUAUUGAAUGGCCACAAGGAAAAAGUUAUGCAUAUGUGUUGUAUGACAAUAUAGAUGCUGCUCAGGCUGCAUGCUCAGAAAUGAGAGGAGCUCCACUUGGGGGACAAGACCGGCGUCUGCGUGUUGACUUUGCAGAUGUCACCCAUAUAUCAAAUACACCAAAGCCCUUAGAAAUUAAAACAAAUGAAGGUGGUAGAGGAUAUCAAGGAAGCAACUGGAAACCACCACAUGAAAGGAGGGAUGAAGUUAAAGGAGCAGAUGGAACUGUGGUCAGAAAUCCAGACAAUAGAGAUGAACGUAGAAAAUUUGAAGAUUUUGAUGCUCGGAUUCCUGAUAUGCAGUACAGAAGACCAAGAACUCCAGAUGGAUCUGAGGAACGCAGACGCAGGAGAAGCCCCGAUAAAUAUGAUGCGCACUCUCAAAAUAGAGACGGUAGAAAAGGGGCCAGAAAUUCAGAUGAAGAAUUUGAUGUAGAUGGAUGUAGACGAGAUGCACGGAGGCUAUCAGUGGAAAAAGAAUAUUCAGAUUUGGAGGAAGUUGAAAACAUUAAUGAAAUGGUCAAGUGUCUACCAGUGGCAUGGAAUGGUGGAAUCCUCUUAAAGAGCAGUGCAUUCCCAGGAAGAAUGCAUGUUGUAAGUGGGGAUGUCAUGAUUGUUGAUACUCUGAUGAGAGAUCCAACAACCACAGAAACACCAAUGCUGAAGAUAAAACAAAGGCUGCGCUUGGAUCCAUCAAAAUUGGAUGAUGUAAGACGACGAGUGUCUGCAGCUGGUCGAAAUGGUCAUUGUAUUCUCCUAGCUAUGCCAAGCACACUUCCAAACUGGGAUGAUUCGGCUGUUCAGCAAAGACCGCUCAAGAAUUUGGUGACUUAUCUUCGACAGAAAGAAGCUGCAGGAGUUAUAUCUCUUCCACCAUAUGAGACAAAAGACAGGGACAACCUAGGCGUUCUUUAUGCUUUUCCACCAUGUGCAUUUGGAUAUGAUUAUCUACAGAAAGCAGCACCCCGUUUGCCACUAGAACCAAUUCAGGAUGACUACUUGAUUGUUGUCGUAAUAAGAGGAACAGUAUAAAAUCUUGUAUAUAUAUAUAUAUAUAUAUAUGUUAAUCAACUGAUUUUUAAUACUAGGCAAAAUAAAACAGUUGUGUAUAGGGUUGCAUGCAAAAAUUUAUGAUGGGGUCAUUAAGUAGGAAUUUAAUUUUGAUCAAUUUCAAUAUAUUUCUCUUCAAAUUGAUUUUCUUAAACACUGUGUAAGUUUGACCUUUAUGUUGUGUGUCUCAAAAAUUUUUCAUAUUAAUCAUGCCAAGUUUACAAAGUCUCUUUAAAGCUCUAGCUACAAUAAUGUAGCCCUCCCCUAUUUUUAACAUGUUGAUAUUGUAGGGGAAGGGUUAUAACUCCCAAAGGUAUUUUCUUUGGUGUAAAUGUAAUUGAUUCAUUUUAGGGAAGACAAAACAUAGUGUAGAUCUGGGAUAAACCUAGAUGUCAGAUGUGAAAUUUUAAUUUAUUUUUUACCAUAUAUUCCUCUGCAAAAUUGUUAUCUUUCAAGUUAAGCAAACAUGAUGGAGAUACAUGAUUUGUAAAGUUAACAACUGGGAAAAAUUCUAUCUUAUAUUACUUAUUUCUUCAAUUUUGGAGCUCUUUGUAUCAUACACACCAAAAACUAUUGUUUGAAAGUAAGUGAUGCAAAUGAACGUCUGUGGAUUACAAACAUUUAACAAGAGAUGCUGUGGUUGGGAAAUGCAAUUGCACAAUAGAAAAGACUAGGAAUUGUAGCCUAGCCCCAACAAUGUUGGAAUGAUAAAUUAUUGCAACAAAUUUCUCUAUAUAGGAAGUCAAGUACACAAAGAAUUUUCAUAGAAGAAAAGUGCUAUUUCAACUUUCAGCUUUAUUUACUGAAAAAUUAAAAAACAAUUCAGGAGAUUGGGGUCAGCUCUUUGAGUGGGAUGGAACCCUAAACACAACCUCUUUUUGGUCUUGGUAAAUUAUUGUGUAUAGGGUAGUUCAAAGUAUGUUUGCUUAUGAGCUGAUACGUUAUGAAUUACCAUGGUUAGACAAAAUCCAUUCUAGUGUUAACAAUGUAUGCCUGUGGUUUUAAUUUACUUACAAAGUUUAUUACAAAGGAAUGGUUAUGGGUUUGUUUGGGUUUUUUUUUUUUUUAGCAAGUGGAGUCAUUGUAAAUUACUAGAUAAUCAACUAUACAGUAUAGUGUGCUGAAAACCAAAUGUACAAAGAAUUAGUUUAUAUUAUUUGGUCAGAUUAAUUUUUGUUUUAUGGCUACAAUUAGUACAUUGUUUUCAGAAAUUUCCAGUGAACAAAAAAUGAUUUCUAAGAUUCAGUUGUUUUAAAAGAUAUGUUGAAAGUAUAUUUUUACAUGAUAACAUUGUCAGAAGACAAGUUCUUAUCUUGUGACAUACAUUUAUCAGUUUUAUAUUGUAUUUUAUUUUCGGAACAUUAUUAUAGUGUGGUAAUUAACUAAAGUGUUUAGAUUAGGUGUAUGUCAAAUUUACUAUACACAUUUUAAAAAGUCUUGCAUACAAAUAUUGUGGAUAUCUUUCUUUUUUUCAUGGCUUUUCUAAUUUACUGUGUAGUUACCUCUUGGUUUUUUAUGGGAAGGAGAGUGGUGCAUAAUUACCUUCACAUAUUUGUAUUGUUGAUGAUUGAUGUCACCACAUGGCAAUUUUGGAAAAACCCUGGAGACCUUAGUAAAUAAUAAUCAUUGUUAUACAAAUCCAAAGCAUUGAGAUAAAUACCCCUUUCUGGAUGAAAUAUGCGCUUAAUUUUUAAUUAUUAUUAAUUUUUAGGAUUUGGGAAUAUGCCAUCUUGUAGAUGUACAGAUUUUUGAUGGCAUUAUUAUUCUCCCACAAUUUAUUGCAAGAGGGGAUAUAGUAACAAGCCGGUGUGUAAGUGUGUGUGUAACAUUGAGCUUGUGGACACUCUACAGGCCACAUUGUUUGCUCCAUUAAUUUCAUACUUCUCAUGUAACUUAGUUAUGCAGAGAAAAUAGAAAGAACCCUAUCGAUUUUGGAAUCAAAAUGUCAAGGUCACUAUGGUACUUUAUGUUAUAUCACUACCUGAAUCUUUUGCAUUUUGGUAUUAGAUGGCCAAUUCUUCAUUUUUAUUAAGCAUUGAUUUCUUUGCAAAAUGUAAAUUUACAUUUUCUUGUUUUUGGUGAAACAUUUCAACAGCAACAAGUUGCAGAUUUUCUAAAAAAAAAAAAAAUAAAUAAAUAAAAAAAUAAUGUUUUGUUAAUAUUUUACAACCAGUAAAUAUGAUUAAAUAGGUGUACAUUCGCAAAUUCGUCAUACCAUGUUCAUUCCAGGUUCAGUGUUUUCUAAUUGCAUGUUGAUAUGUUGGGAAUAAAGUACAAGAGACAAAUACAGUUCUGGGCAGGGAUUAUGAUGCUGAUAAAUCAGAGCAUUCAUUUAUUUGAUAUUUGUAUGAGUGUAUACAUACACACUAUGGUUUCAUAAAUUUUCAUUGAAAACCAGUUUUUUGUAGUUGUGCCAGACCAUGAAAUCAGAUGUUCAACAAAGUACAAUUUUUAUUGAUAAAUGAAGAACAUUGAGAAGCUUUUGAUGAAACUGUCAGUAAGACUAUUUUCAUGCCCUCGAGAUCAAAGAUCAGGGGUCAUAUUGUUUUUGUCCAGUCUUUUGUUUUGUCAUUCUGACUGAAACUUUAACCUACCUAAUAACUUUUGAACUAAUGAAUUAAUAUUUAGCAAAAUGAUAGAAAAAUAUGAGAGGAUUAAUAUUUUUUGUCAUUAACAAUGAGAAUAGAAGUUUUGUUUACUUCAACCCCUUUAAUUCAAGUAUCAUCAUAAAUGGUCACUCUCAGGGGGAGGUGGGGGGAUCAUUUGUGUUUAUUAAACACACUUCUUUUUUUGAAAAUGCACUAAAUAUGAUGUCCAUGAAAAUGAAUGAAACCAUGGUAUGUGUUAUAUAGCAGUACCUGUAUGAUACACAGUUAGCAUCAAGUUCAGUUUGUAAAUUGUACCUUUUUGUUGUAUAUUUUGUUUACUUUAAAGAUGUUGAUAGAGAAAAAACUUUAAAAUAAAGGUUUUAUUGUAAUAUUCUUUAAAGUAGAUUCACAGGAGAAUGACAUGUAAUAUUUUUGCAGCUCUUUUUGUGUGGAAGUAUGUAUCAUUUGAAACAUUGUAUGAAUUUUUUUCCCCAUCAGUUAUAUUUUUUUUUAUAUCAAAAUCAGAAUCUGAUUUUAAUUGUAACUGGUCUAUUGAGUUUUUAUUUACAGUAUCAAAAGAACAGAGAGAAUUUUGUAAGUGGAUUGAGCCAACUUACAGAAGUUUAAAUCAAGGAGAAGGCCAUUAACCAUGGAUUUUAUGUAGUGUUGUGGUUUACAAUGUGUGCAAUAGCUGAUGGUACAUUUGACUUGUACAAAAUAUCUCUCUUGUGCAUGAUGGAAAUGUGUUGUGAAUAGAUAAUAUGUUGCUUUAUUAAGUGAUUUCAAACGCAGAUUGGCACAGGAAGUGGAAAGUGAAGUCUGGAAAUAUUGGAUGUGUCAUGUGAAUUCGAAGUAAUUUGGAAAUGUGUGAGAAGAACUAUUAAAGAGGUGUAAAGAUUUUGCUUUUCAACAUAUUCAAUUCUAAUGCUUGAAUGCCUAAAGGACAACAUUUUGGAGUAUAUCGUGUUAUUUUUAAUCUGCAAAAUGAUGCUUUCAGUGAUGUGUCAUGUGAGACUUUAUUUUGCAAACCUUAUGAUAUAGUUGGUAGCAAGAAUAAACCAUGUGAAAAUGAAAA